AUGGCGUGUCCGAAAUCGGACUCCCUCGUCCGCAAAGUGUGUGACCUGUACGAGAAAAUCUCGAAGCUGGACUCCCUGAGCCCCUCCAAGGACGUGGACGCCCUCUUCACGGAGCUCGUGGCCGUCUGCACCCCACCCCACCCCAUCGACGUCUCCACCCUCUGCCCCGACCUCCAGCGCAUCCGUGCCCACCUCAUCCUCCUCUGCGGCCGCGCCGAGGGACUCAUGGAGAAGCACUACUCCAAAAUCCUCGGAACUUUCCAGAACCCCCUCGACCACCUCCACCUCUUCCCCUACUACUCCAACUACCUCAAGCUCGCCCGAGCCGAGCACGCCCUCCUCGCCCCCCACCGCCCCAACCCGGCCCGCGUGGCAUUCGUCGGGUCGGGCCCACUCCCCCUCACCUCCAUCGUCCUCGCGGCCCACCACCUCCCCCACGCCGUCUUCCACAACUACGACGUGGACCCGGCCGCCAACGAGCUGGCAGCGGGCCUCGUGGGGCCCGGCGGCCACCCGCUCAUGGAGUUCCGCACGGCGGACAUCGUGAGCGUGCCUGAAGACGUGCUGAGGGAGUACGACGUCGUCUUCUUGGCGGCGCUGGUGGGAAUGGACGGGGAGGAGAAGAGGCGGGUGGUGGCCCACCUGGCGGCCGGGAUGGGGCCUGGGGCGAUUCUCGUGGUGAGGAGCGCGCGUGGGGCCCGCGCGUUUUUGUACCCGGUGGUGGAGCCGGGAGAUUUGGGGGGGUUCGAGGUGCUGUCGGUGUACCACCCGACGGAUGAUGUCAUCAACUCGGUUAUUGUGGCGCGGAAGUGUUCGGGGCUUGUGCACUCGGUGGCUGGCGGCCGCGGGCCGCUACUCAUUCCUUGCAAUAAGUGUGGUGAGAUAUUUAACCCGCUCGUGGGCCGUGCGAAGAUGGUCGAGGAGUUCCCCUGCCAAGACCAUGUUUGCUGA